CUUCCUUACAAUAACAUGGCUUCUAAAACUAAAGCCUCAUUGGUUACCCUUUUCCUCUCCUUCAAUCUCCUCUUCUUCGCCAUAGUNGGUGGAGGUGGAGGUCGAGGUGGAGGUGGGGGUGGGGGUGGAGGUGGAGGUGGAGGUGGAGGUGGGGGUGGGGGUGGAGGUGGAGGUGGACAAGUAAGGUGUCCAAGAGAUGCUUUGAAACUUGGUGUGUGUGCUAAUAUACUUAAUUUGGUGAAUGUAGUAGUGGGGUCUCCACCAACUUUGCCAUGCUGCAGUUUGAUACAGGGACUGGCAAAUCUAGAGGUGGCAGCUUGUUUGUGCACAGCCAUAAGAGCAAACAUACUGGGCAUAAAUCUGAAUGUGCCACUCACUCUUAGCCUCAUUCUCAACAACUGUGGAAUGAAUAAUAGUGGCUUCACUUGCUAAGCAUUCUGCUCUUUAUUAUAUGUCUCUUAUCAUUAAUUAUCAUGAAUUUCCUUGUCUUAUGAUAGUUAUAUUGUUCUAAAUAAGCGAAUUUGCAACAUCAACUUAUCAAGUAGAUUCGUGAUUCGUGAACCAGUUGAUCAUUUUACAUUUGUACUCAAAAGGUCGUUUUACUACUAGAGUAUUAUAUAUGGACUGUCUUUCCUAUUUCAUAAUAUAAUAAUAAGAAUAUUUAUAUUUUGGGUUU